AUGGAGUCAACAACACAACAAACAGUGGCAGCCAUUAAUGAGAAGGAGUCAAUGGUAGAUCCUUUCUUAGUUGAGGCUCUACGGAACCCGCGUCACCGUCUCACCAUUUUGCGGAUGGAACUUGAUAUCCAGAGGUUUUUGCAAAGCCCCGAUCAACAACUAUUUGAAUUCCAGCAUUUCCCUACCUCCUACCUUAGGCUUGCAGCACAUCGCGUCGCUCAACACUAUGGGCUGAUAACCACGGUACAGGAUAAUGGCAUUGAUGGUCUGGCAAAUAAGAUUCUGGUGCAGAAAACAGCUGAAAGCAGAUUUCCUGCAGUUCGCCUGUCUGAAAUUCCUGCUAAACAGUUGGAAAGUGAUAAACAUGAGAAGAUUAAGCUUGCCAUUAGACCUCGACCUAACAAUGGAUCUAUAAAUGACCCUAAUGGGUUUGGGAUUAAACGGAGUCCUGUGAGAAGCGUGGAAGAGAGGAAGGAGGAUUAUGAUAGGGCACGAGCUCGCAUCUUCAGUAGCCCCAGCAGCCCCACUGCAGAGGAUACUGUGCCUCAGCUCCCUACAGAUGGCAAGAAUUUAAGUUCAAGCAAGGAUGAGAACGAUGAGUGCAGGAACUCUGUAGUUGAUCCAGAAAAAACUGUCUACAUCAGGGAUGGUAUGUCAUCUCGUGUUGCCAUUUUCAGAGAUAGGGAGAAGGAUCGUACUGACCCAGAUUAUGAUCGGAGUUAUGACAGGUAUGUUAGAAGCCUUCCAGCUAUUCAGAACUUCAACUUGACACCCUUCAAUAUGCAGAAGAUUCCACUUCCUUUUGUGCAGUAUGAUACUGGUUUUCCUCAACCAGGUCAGAUGCCAAGGACACAGGCUUCCCUUGGCUACCAGCCUGCUGCAAGCCCAGUUAUGAGCCCCUUCUGUGCAGUGGGAUCAAAUCAGACAUCAAGGGAUGCUGCAUAUGUACAAUGGCCAAGCGCUGCAAUGAUGUAUGCACAUUCAUAUGAGCCGUUUAGACAUGCUACUUUCCAGGCUCCAUUUUGUCAGCAACCUCUUAGCUUUGAUUACUCCCAAAACCCUUAA